AUGGCUGGACAGAAUACCAAGACCACAUAUGACCCGACCACCCAGAAGACCCACAAGGAGAAUGCGAAGACACCAAUAAACACGUUUCUGUCUAUGGCUGGAUAUGGCAUUUCUUUGAUAUCCUUAAUUUUUUAUUCCAAUGCGGCUGAUUCUGACUAUCUACUAGUCUACAUUGACAUUUGUGUAGCAAUCAUAAUAUCUCUUGUUGCCGCUAUUCUGUGGACUUGGGCUUAUGGUUUCUGCACUGAUGCUGCUCCUAUGUGUGAUAUUACUAAUGUGAAUACUGGUCAGAAUCAGCUUACUAUCAAAUAUCAGGGUGAUGAGAAUGCUAAGGUUAAGGAUGCUAUUUAUCAGGAAACUCCUAUUGCUACUACUGGUUAUUAUAAGUAUACUGUUAAUGAUCCUAAAACUAAAAUCACUUACACUUUCACGCUCAAUGAGCAGCUUGCUGAUAUUACAAAAGCUGCUACCGGUACUGCUACUAUUGGUUAUGGUCAUAUACUUACUGAAGGUUUUGUUACCAUUCUAUCUUAUUGA